GCCUGAUUUUGGUAAAGGUGACUCUUGUGAUGGUGGGACUUGAUAAUGCUGGUAAAACGGCAACGGCAAAAGGAAUCCAAGGAGAAUAUCCUGAAGACGUAGCUCCUACUGUUGGAUUUUCCAAAAUUGACCUUAGACAAGGGAAGUUUGAAAUCACCAUCUUUGACUUGGGAGGUGGAAAAAGAAUUCGGGGAAUCUGGAAGAAUUACUAUGCUGAGUCCUAUGGGGUAAUAUUUGUCGUGGAUUCCAGUGAUGAAGAGAGAAUGGAAGAGACUAAAGAGACAAUGUCAGAAGUGCUGAGACAUCCUAGGAUAUCGGGAAAGCCGAUAUUGGUGUUGGCAAAUAAACAAGACAAGGAAGGGGCUUUAGGAGAAGCUGAUGUGAUUGAAUGUCUGUCUCUGGAAAAAAUGGUCAAUGAACACAAGUGCCUAUGUCAGAUAGAACCUUGUUCAGCAAUCUUGGGAUCUGGAAAGAAAAUUGACAAGUCCAUUAAAAAAGGCCUUUAUUGGCUGCUAGAUAUCAUUGCAAGAGACUUUGAUGCCUUAAAUGAACGCAUCCAAAAGGACACAACAGAGCAACGUGCUCUUGAGGAACAAGAGAAACGAGAAAGGGCUGAACGAGUGCGAAAAUUACGAGAAGAAAGAGAACAAAGAGAGCGAGAGCAGGCUGAACUCGAUGGAACCAGUGGUCUGGCUGAGGUGGAUCCAGAGCCAAUUAUUGUUAAUCCUUUCCAGCCGAUAGCAACUGUAAUCAUUGAGAAUGAAAAAAAACUUGAGAGAGAGAAAAAGAGGCAAAAUGUGGAGAAAGACUGUGAUGCUUGCCCCCUGAGAAAUAAAAUGGAGCGUGAGCAAAUGGAAACACAGAGCCAGAUCAGUGACAGUAGCCAGAAAAGCAAUGAGUUUGCAACCAUAGAAAAUUAUAAUGAAGCAUUAACACAGCAGUUGGAGAAUGAAGAGACAGACCAGCCAUCAUCAGAAUCAGAUAACAGUAAAAAGAAAACUAAGAAACUAAGAAUAAAAAGAAGUCACCGUGUAGAACCUGUUAAUACAGAUGACUCUGCUCCUAAGAGUCCAAUACCACCCCCGCCGCCCCCUCCUGUUGGCUGGGGAACCCCCAAAGUCACUAGACUUCCAAAACUUGAGCCUCUUGGUGAAACACGUCAUAAUGAUUUUUAUGGGAAGCCACUGCCUCCGCUGGCGGUGCGACAGAGACCAAACAGUGACGCUCAUGACAUGAUCUCAUAACCGAGUUGCAUGGAUGAGCCGCCUUAAUAUCAGCAAGAUGACCUAGAAGACCUUCUUUCUCAAAAAAGGAAAACCCUGUACAUUGAUGACUGGGGCAAGAUUACCGUAGCAAUUUCAGCGAGGAGUUUGAUAACCAAAGAUCUCACUGAUCUGAUAAUUACUUUUCCAUGUUGUUCAUGGUUUAAUAAAAAAAAA